CUAGUCACUUUUCAUUCACGCUACAGUAUGGACGACAUUUUUUACGUUUUUACGUUUUUUACGUUAUUCAAGUGUAAAAUAAGUUUUUAAUUAACCGAAUUUUUUUAUUUCUGAUUUGAAUUUAAAUAUAAGAAAAUUAUAUCUUUGAUCAAAAGUGAUAUAAUAAAAUUUUUGUUCGAAAGUGAUCAUCGAACGAGAAAUCAUGACGGAUAAAAAACAUAUCUACGAUGUUCAACCAGCAACGGUAGACGAACAUUUUCAAUUGCUUUUAAAUUGUAAAGAAGAAAUUGACCCCAAAUUUGUGAAAGUGACACCAGAUAAUCUACCAGAAUGGUACGAUGAAAAAUUAUUCAAAAAAGGUCAAAAACUUUGUAUGGAUUAUUUACUAACAAUAAUUGCUGCAAAUCUGUCAGGUUUAAUAGCGAUAUUGGCUGUUCCAGAUAUAUUAGAGAUUCUUGUAGAUUCGAAAAAUAAUAUUACGGUACCUAUAUCUUACAAACGAUACAUGCAAACAAUAUUGCAUAUAUACGCACUUCAUAAAACGGAAUUGUUUAGUCCGGAUUUAUUGUGGUUCAAAGCAAUAAAUGCCAUCCGAUGGAGGCAUUCUAAUGCUACUAGAAAAAGAAUUCAAAAAGGUCUUAAUGGAAUAUAUCAAAAGGACAUGGCAAUUACGCAAUUCGGUUUCAUUGGUUAUGUUUUCUUGGUUCCGGAAAAGUUGGGAAUGACGAAUAUUGAAAAAUAUUUGUCAGGUUUCAAUCAUUAUUGGCAAAUUAUAGGAUAUUUAUUGGGCAUAUCGGAUAGAAUGAAUAUUUGUAGAAAAACGAUAGCGGAGACGAGAGAAUUAUGUAAAAAAAUACAGAAUGAGAUAAUAGCAAAACACUUGAACGACCCGCAUCCUGAAUAUAUGAAAUAUGUGACGAAUGUAACGAAAGGAAUUUGGUACAUGGACGUAUCGGUCAAUCACGACACUCUUUUGUAUUUGACAUAUGAUUUGACAGGGUUAAAAUAUAAGAAACCUCUCUCAUGGUACUCAUAUCUGAAUUUGAAAUAUCGUCAAUUUGUAAUAUAUAUGUACGAUAAACCGUAUAUUGGCUUUGUGGUACGAAUGAUAUACAAUAAAAUAGUAGUAAUAACCUUGUGGAUGGUUGUAAACUUUCCAAUACUACCAUGGAUAUUAUUUGGAAAAGAAAGAAAAUCAUUAACUCUUUAUCCAAAUCUGUAGCAAUAUUAUAAUCAUAUAAAACUAUUAUAAAUUUCAUAUGAAAUAUUUUAUAAAAAUUAAUUAAAAUAUAUAAUGGUUUAGUCUAAAAUUAAU